AUGCCUUCAACUGGAAGCUCUUCGUCUCCAGAGUACUCAGACACAGUGACGGCACGUGCCACUCCACCAGCGGCUCCGUCAUCUUCUCACGCGGCGCCGGCUGCACCACCAAUUUUGGCGGCCUCUCCCAACGGCAACAACGAGACGCGACCGAGUCCAUCAGUCACGGCGCCAUCCUCCCCAGCAGAUUUUCCCAUAGCCGAUGCUGCGGAACCAGAGGCUGCCGCACAAAACUCGUCGGAAUCCUCUCUUAUUCGAGUAACAGAGGAACAAGAAGGGAAAGCGAGCUCCCCAUGUGAGAUAGAUGGACUCCCUGCAAGUGGGCCUGAAGAAGCCCACCAAUUUCCAUGUCUCCUUGAAGUAGAUCAGUGGUGGUUGGAGAUCUAGAGAUGGUUUGUAUAUGCUAGAUUUGUAGAGAGCGGAAGGUCAGAGUAAGAUUCCUGCCUGAUCUGGGCAGCGAUGAACGCAAUUGAAGCGGCUGUGGGAGGAGUGGGAGAAGUGGUGGUGGCCGGUGGGCGGAAGAGAUGGUGACAAAAGUUAACAGUGUCUGACCCCAACAUCGGACUGAAAGUAGGGUGGUAUUCGGUCUGUAACCGGUUUACCGGUUUUCGGUAUACUAAGUGUGGGCAAGUGGGAAUCGAUUAUCGAUACCGGUUUGUAACCGGUAUACCGGUUACCGAAUUAUCGGUAAACGGUUAUAAACCGGUUUUACCGACUUACCAUAAAGAGUAGUUGCGGACGGUUUUUCGGUUCGGUUUACCGGAAAAUUACCGAACCGAAUUUCUGGGCAAUAGAGUGAUGUUGUAAUAUUUUGAUUUUUAUGAGUUUUUUCUUCAUUUUUGUAAUUAAUAAAUUAUUAUUAACUCUUAUUUAUAAUAUUUUUU